AGCGCAUUGCGAUUUGGAAGCGCGAGCUCCGCUGGUGGCGGAAGUGGUUGCAGUCGGUCGGUACCGGGUAGCCGCGAUGGCGGCGGUGGGUUCGGAUGUCGAGUCGCUGCCGCGUGGGGCUUUCCGCUGCCGCCUCUGCCACGUCACCACAGCCAACCGACCCAGCCUGGACGCCCACUUGGGAGGCCGGAAGCACCGGCAUCUGGUAGAACUACGCGCUGCCCGAAAGGCCCAGGGACUUCGCAGUGUGUUUGUCAGUGGCUUCCCCCGGGAUGUGGAUUCUACUCAGCUUUCUGAGUACUUCCAGGCGUUUGGGCCUGUGGCCAGUGUCGUCAUGGAUAAGGACAAGGGAGUGUUUGCCAUCGUGGAGAUGGGGGACGUGGGCUCCCGGGAGGCUGUUCUGUCCCAGCCCCAGCACAGCCUGGGGGGACAGCGCCUGCGCGUCCGGCCACGGGAACAGAAAGAAUUCCAGAAGCCGGCCUCCAAAUCUCCCAAAGGAGCGGCCCCCGACAGUCACCAGCUGGCCACAGCCCUCGCCGAGGCCCCGGACGUGGGGGCGCAGAUGGCGAAGCUCGUGGGGCUGCGGGAGUUGUCCCAGGCCGAGCGGCAGCUUCGGAGCCUCGUGGUGGCGCUGAUCCAAGAGGUCUUCACAGAGUUCUUCCCCGGCUGUGUGGUCCAUCCUUUUGGCUCUUCCAUAAACAGCUUUGACGUCCAUGACUGCGAUCUUGACCUCUUCCUGGAUCUGGGUGACUUGGAAGAGCCCCCGCCGGUCCCAAAGGCUCCGGAGUCUCCGUCCUUGGACUCGGCCCUCGCAUCCCCGCUGGAUCCUCAAGCCCUGGCCUGCACCCCAGCAUCCUCUUCAGACUCGCAGCCCCCAGCUUCUCCCCAAGACUCGGAAGCCCUGGACUUUGAAAUCCCUUCCUCCUCCGUGGCACCUCAGACUCCGGACUCAGCUUUGGCCUCCGAGACCCUGGCCUCUCCCCAGUCCCUGCCUCCAGCCUCACCGCUGCAGGAGGACCGGGGAGAGGGGGAGCUGGGGAAGGCUCUGGAGCUGGCAGAGGCCCCGAAGGGGGAGAAGACGGAGCAGGGAGCCAUGCUGGAGCUGGUGGGGUCCAUUCUUCGGGGCUGUGUUCCUGGAGUGUACCGAGUCCAAACUGUGCCCUCUGCCCGGCGCCCCGUGGUCAAGUUCUGUCAUCGGCCUUCAGGUCUCCACGGGGACGUCUCCCUCAGUAACCGGCUGGCCCUGCAUAACUCCCGCUUCCUGAGUCUCUGCUCCGAGCUGGAUGAGCGGGUGCGGCCCCUGGUGUACACCCUCCGCUGCUGGGCUCAGGGUCGAGGGCUGACAGGGAGUGGCCCCCUUCUCAAUAACUACGCCCUGACCUUGCUCGUGAUCUAUUUCCUUCAGACCAGGGACCCUCCUGUGUUGCCCACUGUGUCUCAGCUCACCCAGAAAGCAGGUGAGGGUGAGCAGGUGGUGGUGGACGGCUGGGACUGUAGUUUCCCCAGAGAUGCCUCGAGACUGGAGCCCAGCGCCAACAAGGAGCCCCUGAGUUCCCUGCUGGCCCAGUUCUUCUCCUGCGUGUCUUGCUGGGAUCUUCGUGGCUCACUGCUGUCCCUUCGGGAGGGUCAGGCACUGCCGGUGGCGGGGGGCCUGCCCUCCAACCGCUGGGAAGGCCUGCGUCUCGGCCCCAUGAAUCUCCAGGACCCCUUUGACCUGAGUCACAAUGUGGCAGCCAAUGUAACCAGCAGGGUGGCCGGGCGGCUACAGAACUGCUGCCGCGCGGCAGCCAGUUACUGCCGAAGCCUCCAGUACCAGCACCGUUCUUCCCGGGGUCGGGACUGGGGGCUGCUCCCCCUUCUGCAGCCCAGCUCCCCUAGCGCCCUGCUGUCUGCAACCCCCAUCCCCUUCCCUCCUGCUCCCUUCACCCAGCUCACUGCUGCCCUGGCCCAGGUGUUAAGGGAAGCAUUGGGGUGCCAGCUGGAACAGGGAACCAAGAGACUGCGGCCAGAGGGAGGUGGGACUGGGGAUCCUCCCCGGGAAGGGUCACGCAAGAGACUGAAAAUAGACAGACAGAAAAACAGCCCCGAGGACGGGGAGCAGGAGCCGCAGGGGUGUGCGGGGGCCCCGAGCGGAGAAGGGUUGGAAGAAAUGGUUACAGAGGUUGGAGAAGCAACACAAGACUGGGCCCUGCAGAGCCCUGGGCAGCCAGCGGCGCCUCCCCUGCCAACUGCAAAGCUGCUGGCCCCUGGAGAAGAGCAGCCAGGCCAUGCAGGACCUCAGGCGGCCGAAGAAGGGGCCCAGGUUGAGACAAAGAAGGGGGCGUCGCUCUCUCCAGUGAGCUGGCGCUGCGCCUUGUGGCACCGAGUGUGGCAGGGGCGGCGGCGGGCCCGGAGAUGCCUGCAGCAGCAGGCCACGGCAGGCACCGCGGGCGGGGCGGGCACGGGGGUGGCGUGGCUGGCGACGGAGGCUCGCGUGACCCAGGAGCUGAGAGCACUGGGCAGUGCCGAGCAGAGGCCGGAGGCUGAGCCGCUCCUGACCUUCGUGGUGUCUGCCUCCCAGGCCGACCAGGCGCUCACUGUGACCCCGCUCCAGGAUUCCCAGGGCCUGUUCCCUGAUCUCCAUCAUUUCUUACAGGUUUUCCUCCCUCAAGCCCUUCGCAGUCUCCUUAAGUAAAGCCUGGCACCCGAAGGGCAAUAAAGCUGCUGGUUUAAUACCUGC